UACAAUUUUUUAUAGCGAACCCAAAGGCUCUUUUCAGAGCCAUCCACAUUGCGUCACUGGUAAGUCAUUUUCAAUUACUUUUGAAUCAGUAAUUGCCUAAUGACAUUAUAACAUUGUUUUUCUGUUAAUGUAACAGAUAUUGUUUACCAAUGUUUAUUGUUGUUUGUCAGUUUUGGCCAUUUCAGCAUGUUUGAAAUAGGGGUGUAACGGUUCAAAUUACUCACGUUUCGGUGCGUAUCACGGCUUAGGGUCACAGUUUCAGUACACAUUGGUCACAACAGGCUGCUUUACAAAAAUAAAAACCUAAGCCGUUUUUAACCUCUGCCAAAAUCAACAUUUUCACUUAAGAGCACUUGUAUUAUUAUACUAUAUACCAGCUUUACUGUGCAAUUCAAUAUGAACAUAAAAUAGCUUAGAACACUGGGUUACUUUUUAUAUUCUAUGCCGCUAUCUUCAAGUUUUUUUUGCAAGAAGAUAGGUUUGUUAAAAUUCAAACACAGAAGGCAAUUUGUGCUGUUUCUGUCUCACCUGCGAUCGUGUGCUAUCAACAAAACCCUGGUGAUGACGCGUAAAGCGACUCGUCAUAUUAGAUGUAUUGCCUUAGGCAUACAGCACUUGCGAAUUUUACAGUUUUGUCCACAUUUUCUUGAGCAUCGCUGCUGCAGUAGACUUAAAUGCAGCUGGGGAUGACUCUGUUAGCGUCUUUUCUCCUUCGUUUGCCGUGCUAAACGGUCUGUGAAACACACAAACACGCGAGGAUGAACUGUGAGGUUGGCAACAAAUUUGCAUACUUCGAGUUGAUUGGACAGGUACUCUCACCUUAACACAUGCAGAGAUUAUUCAGAACCAUACAUUAGCUUUUUUAUGCAUCGUUUUUUCACCAAACUAUAAUAGAAAUGUGUGGUCGAAUUAAACACGGUGCACGUGCGUCCCAAACUGUGGGCGGAAAACAGGACGAUUCGAUUCUUUACCGAGAACCGUUACACUCCUAGUUUGAAAGUAAAACUGACUUUAUUGAAGAUGUACUCCACCUUCAGAAAUAAAAAUGAUAGAUUUUUUUACUUAGCCCCAUCUAAGUCAUCUAAGGUGUUUAUGCCUUUUUUUCAUCAGCUGAACACAAUCAGAGUUCUAAUUAUUAAUAUCCUGGCUCCUUUUUGCUUUGUAAUAAGUUUGAUCAUGGACCAAACAUUUACGAUCUCAAAAAAGUCCAUCCAUCCAUCAUUAAAGUAAUCCAUAUACAACCCAGUGGUUUAAUAAAUGUAUUUAGAAGCAAAGUAUAAGGUUUAUAAGAAAAAGUUUAGUUCUGAGCACUUUUAGUGAUUAGUUACAUAUACGUAAUUUUAUAAAACAAAAUCAACUAUAGAUUUAAAUAUAGUGGUAUGUAAAAUCUUAUUGGUUCUUGUGUUUCAUCAUGAGUUGUGACAAAACUGACAGUCGUUAGACACUAAAUGUUUUAUUGUCUGUUUAUUUAAGGUAUGUUUUGUAACUAAAAGGUCAAAAUAUGAAUUGUUUUUUUAUUAACCCACUGGAUACAUUAAAUUUUGAUUACUUUAAUAAUGGAUGGAUGCAGUUUUUGGAGCUUCUAAACAUUUGGUCUCUGAUCAGAGCCAUUACAAAGCAAGGAACAGCCAGGGUAUUAUUUAAUAUAGGUCUGGUUGUAUUCAACUGAACAAAGAAAGACAAACAUCUUGGAUGACAAGGGGGUGAGUUAAAAAAAAAAUUAAUUCUGAAGGUGGCAUUUUACAGUUUAGGUUCUAUUGUGUUGCCUGAUGCGAUAAUUUAUUAAAUUAACAAUCUUUACAUUAAUACCACAGGAAAGGGAACAUUUUGAACAGGAAUAUCAUAUAAUUAAUUGUUUAUUCUGAAGCAUAUGUGACUAACUAGAUCAUUUUGGGUACGACUAAAUAAGAUCAAGACUUAAUUUUUACCAAUUAUUAUAGGACAGCAGAAACACUGAAGUUUGAAUGACAUAAUACUGCACAUUGUGGACCUUUGUAUUUAGAAACUAUUUAGACCCCCUACACAGUUCAAUUUUGUUAGGUCUCAAUCUGAUACUACAAUAACCCCCCCCCCCCCCCUUAUUAUUAAUCUGCACUCAGUACCCCAUUAUGAGAAACUGAAAACAGGAUUUUGGAAAUGUCUAAAUGUAUUUAAAAGAAGAAAAAAACUGAAAUUAUUCAGACACUUUACUUGGUAGUUAGUUGAAGCACUUUUUGCAGCAAGUACAGCCUCGAGUCUUUUUGGGAAUGACGCAACAAGCUUUGCACAUCUGGAUUGAAGGAAUUUCUGCCAUUCUUCCUUUUAAAUCCUUUCAAGCUCAGUGAGUUUGGAUGUGAACUGUCGGCUGACAGCCGUUUUCAGGUCUCUCCAGAGAUGCUUGGUGAGGUUGAAGUCAGGGCUUUGGUUGGUCCACUUCUCACAUAGUUGUCCCUAAACCACUACUGUGUUGUCCUUGUUCUUUGCUUAGGGUCAUUUUGAUAAGGUUUUAGUGAGGAUAUCUCAGUGGACUCGAGUCAAGGUGUAGAAAAUCUCGGCAUUGAUCAACACAAAUAAAUGGCACCUAAACAAAAUUUCUAGUGUUAUCGCAAAGGGUCUGAAUACUUAAGUAAAUGUGAAAUUAUUUUUUUCCUUUAAAACAUUUUACAGAAAUGUCUUAAAUUCAGUUUUCACUUUGUCAUUAUGGGGUACUAGAUGUUGAUUAAUGAGAAUGAUUUAAAUUCUUUUUUUUUUUUUUUGAGUCAGAACAUUUUAAUUAGGCCUUGAAAAGCUGCAUCUGACAUGGGACUUUUAUUAACACACCCCCAGGUUCACAGACAAGGUUUAGUAAAACACAUCUUAAGAUAUGCCAGUGCCAUUGAUUUGUCUUAUGAUACACACCAGUAAUGUCUUCUUCAAAGGAGUGCUUUUUAAAGAUGCUUAAUAGGCUUGUCUGUGAAACCAGUCCACAGUGUUUAAUAUUGUGACAACUGCAUUAUCUUUGGAAAGUAAUAUAAUUUUAAAUUCUUGAGGUAUAUAUAAAUUAUUAAAAGGAUUAAUGCAAACAUAACAAAUUUGCAAAUAAAGUAAAGGGGUUUAAGUACUUUCUAAAUACACUGUAAAUGUGGUCAUGCCUACUUUGAACUAAUUUGUCGUUUUUGUUGAUUUUGUUUUUCCUAGAUUGGACAUCUAAUUCAUCUUUGUAAGUAACAGUUACAUAUUUCACAUUUAAAGCAUUAGUUCAUCUUAUGUUUAUCAGCUUACCCCCAGGCCGUCCAAGAUGUAGGUGAAUUUGUAAUUUUAAAUUCUUGAGGUAUAUAUAAAUUAUAAAAAGGAUUAAUGCAAACAUAACAAAUUUGCAAAUAAAGUAAAGGGGUUUAAGUACUUUCUAAAUACACUGUAAAUGUGGUCAUGCCUACUUUGAACUAAUUUGUCGUUUUUGUUGAUUUUGUUUUUCCUAGAUUGGACAUCUAAUUCAUCUUUCAGCUUGCCUCUUAAAAACUGCCAGGAUACCCAAAAAAACACAGAUUCAACUAAAAAAACAAAGCCUAUAAUUUCUACCCAAAAAAAACGACCCAUUUUUUUACCCCACCCAGCAAAUCUGUUGCCCUAACCCCAAAACACCGACUUUCCCCAAAACAGAACGUCCCUUUAACUUUUUGCUUUGACAGAAAGAGUGAGAGCAGAACUACCUACAGCUCCAGUGUGCCCUGCUGCCUUGAGUGUCUUCACAAAGCAACGUUGAUUAGAGGACUGCGUUGGGAAAUCAACACCAUCAACACACACAAUAAUUUACUAUAGUUUUAAAAUUACAUAAUUUCCUAUAGUCUUUUAGACUGCUUAUAAUAGAUAAUACACAUUACAGUACUUUUAAAAGUCAUUAAUAUAUCAGUAAAAAAAAAUUGUUUUAGCAAGUUCAUCUUUGAAACGUAUUACAUUUAUAUCUGAGUCUUUUCACAUUUGCCUAUACUCUACUAAUUAAUUGCAUUAGUAAUAUUGCCUUUGGUUAUCAUUUCUGUAAAAUAUUGAGGUUAACAGUUCAACAGUUCCAUUGCUAUAGUCUUGUGUGUUUGUAUAUCUAAUUUCUUGACUGUUUUAACGGUGAAAUUUUAGUACAGUACUUUAAUAUAUCAGUAAAAUAUUCUAAGUUUGACUGUUGUUGUAACUGCUAUUUGAAUAGACUACAUUUAAAGGUCAUUAAAAUAUUUUGGUUUGCCAAGUUCCUCUUUGAAUCUUACCACAUUGUAACAUUUACCUUUAUUAAUUGAUUGCAUUACUGAUAUUGCUUUUGGUUAACAUUUUUGUACAAUAUUGGGGUUGACAGUGUUUGACAGUAUAACAGUUCAAUUGCUAUAGUUUUGUGUGUUUGUAUAUUUAAUUUGUUGACUUGUUACUGAAAUUUCAGUCCUGUACUUUAAAAGCUAAUUAAUAUAUCAGUAAUAUAUUUACAGUUUGACUCUUGUUGUAAUUGAUAUUUGAGUGCAGUACAUUUAAAGGUAAUUAAAAUAUCAGUAAAGUAUUUUGGUUUGGCAAGUUCAUAUUUGAAUCUUACCACGUUGUAACAUUUGCCUUUACUAAUUGGUUGCAUUACUGGCAUUGCCUUUAGUUAACAUUUUAUAAUUCAGUGAAAUACAAAGGGUUGACGGUAUAACAGUUACAUUGUGUGUAUGUAAAUACAGUAGGUUGACACUUGUUACUGUGGUAUACUAGCAUAACGUAUAAUAAGCAUUAAUAUUCAUUGAGUGGGUCUUUGUAUUUGUUAUUAAGGUUUUAUCCGGAAAAUUUGCACUUGUUUAACAUACGAAAGGUACUUUGCUAUAAACAGAUCUUUAGAUUUCUAACACCUGUUCCAUCGUCAUGCCACGUAAAGGUAAACGAAGUGAAGCCCAGAAGCAGCGCAGAAAGGUAGAAGCUUCACUGUGCAUUAACUCCGUGUCAAGUGCGAGUGACGUAAGCCCAGACGUGCUCUCUGUUACGGCGUCCCACUGUCAAAGUGACCCGAGGUACGGUAUUUAUUCGAGAGGGCAACAAUGCACGUGCAAUUCCUUAAUGUUUCUCGCGGUGCACAACGAACGUAAUGAGCUGAACAGUUUGGAAUUAGAUGACAUUUUAAAGAAAGGUGAUGCUUUGUACACUCUUGUCAAGCAAACACUACAGUGUAAAGGACAAUUUCGGAGCAAUUUCCUUGAUUUUGAUGAGCUACCGGAUAAACUUGAGACAAACUUGUGCUCUUACAACAUCAUUAAACAUGGCCAGAGGUUUGGAUUACUAAGAGAUGCACCUGCACUAGGCAGCUAUGAUAACCUUGAGAAUACUCUGCAAUGUCUCAGAAGUGAAAUCAGCAACUGCCUGUUUUUGUGUGGACUUUAUUGUGUUGCUUUGUUUAGAGAUCGCUCAGGGAGGUUUGGAUUUUUUGAUUCACACUGCAGAACACCAGAUGGCAUGUCUACUAAUGAUGGCACGGGUACUGCUGUAAUGUUGACAUUUUCACGUUUAGAAGACAUGAUAGAGAGACUGUUGCUGUUGUUUCAAGGGUGUUUCCAGUUAAGCGAUAACGUGCAAUUUGAUCUGCUGCCAGUAUCAUUCACAAGCACAACAGUAUGUACUGAUGUCUCCAUGGAGUAUCUUGAUAACAUAGAGCCGUGUGUAGCAUCUCAGUUUCUGUCCACUAAUGACCAAUGUGCGCCUGCUGCAUCGUCACAACAGCAAAUUCAGGUCAGAAAUCCAGUUCAGUGGCCAGUCAACAUAACAGAUGAAGAUGAAAUGGAGAUUCAAACUACUGUAACUGACAAUUUGGACAGAGACAAAAAUGUUCAAUUAAAUAAACUUUCUCAUAACAUCUCAAAAGAUUCCUCAAUUCAAAUUAUAUUGUCAGAUCCAAAUGAUCACUGUUUGGAAACAUCUGACUUGAAUCAACAAUCAAAAAAGCUCAGCAAAUACAGAAGACGCAAUUACCUGAUAAAAUGGCACAAAAAAAAUAUUUAA